UGCUUCUGUGGAGGCGUUAAGGUGGAUCAGUGAAUAUUGGAGCAAGGAGAAGAGAACCAUCUUGUUCGUUCGUGUUGUAACAAGUGAGAUAAAAAUCCGUGAAAAAUGCCGAGAAUCCUCAUAAAAGGAGGUGUUUGGCGAAACACAGAGGAUGAAAUCCUCAAAGCAGCUGUAAUGAAAUAUGGCAAAAAUCAAUGGAGCCGUAUUGCAUCCUUGUUACACAAGAAAUCUGCCAAGCAGUGCAAAGCAAGGUGGUAUGAAUGGCUUGAUCCUAGCAUCAAAAAGACUGAAUGGAGUAGAGAAGAAGAUGAAAAACUCCUUCAUCUUGCAAAGCUGAUGCCAACACAAUGGAGAACAAUUGCACCAUUGGUUGGUAGAACCGCUGCCCAGUGCUUGGAAAGAUACGAAUACCUGCUUGAUCAAGCUCAACAGAAAGAAGGUGAUGAAGCAGAUCCAAGGAAACUACAACCAGGGGAGAUUGACCCAAAUCCUGAAACUAAACCUGCAAGACCAGAUCCAAUUGAUAUGGAUGAAGAUGAACUUGAAAUGCUCUCUGAGGCAAGAGCAAGGCUUGCAAAUACCCAAGGUAAAAAGGCAAAAAGAAAGGCUCGAGAGAAGCAGCUUGAGGAAGCCAGGAGACUAGCAGCUUUACAGAAGAGAAGAGAACUGAGAGCUGCUGGCAUAGAGAUUGAAAGGUUCAAGAAGAAAAAGAAACGUGGCGUUGACUAUAAUGCUGAAAUCCCUUUUGAAAAGAAACCUGCCCAAGGCUUUUACGACACAUCAGAGGAGGUAGUGAAGGCAUUAGAUCCCAAUUUUAAAAGACUUCGACAAGAUCAAAUGGACGAGAAAAGACGUGAUGAUGUCGAAGAGGCGGAGAGAAGAAAAGACAGACAGCGCCAGAGAAGAAGAAAGGAGAAUGAUCUUCCUGGAGCAGUUAUGCAGAUAAACAAGAUGCUAAAUUCUGAACCGGUUAAAAAGAGAAGCAAGCUUGUAUUACCUGCACCACAGAUUUCUGAGGCCGAACUUGAAGAGGUCGUGAAACUAGGAUUGGCAAGUGAAGCUGCAAAGGCGAUUGUUGAAGGAGAGGAUGAAGGUGCUUCCAAAGCUUUGCUUGCUGAUUAUUCAAUCACACCUGGGUCUAACCUUCCACUGCGGACGCCACGAACCCCUGCGCAACAGGAUACAGUACUCCAGGAGGCACAAAACAUUUUGGCUUUGCAUCAAGUCGAUACACCUUUAGCAGGAGGGAUGAACACUCCCUUGACCCAAAGUGAUUUCAAAGGAGCAACGCCACAACAUCAAAUACAGCAAACUCCGAAUAAUCUCAUUGCAACGCCUUUCAGAACGCCGGGGAAUGAAAGUCAAGGCUUUACCCCAAGGGGAAUCGCCACUCCUGGGUCUGUCACUGGGGCAACCCCUGGUAGAUCAGUAAGAGACAAGCUCAACAUAAACAGGGAAGAUGCAUUUGAGAACGAUGCAGAAUCAGAUUUUGCUUCAAAGCAACAGCAGGAGGAACAGCGAGCAAACCUGAGAGCCGGCUUUGCAAGCCUCCCAAAAGCAUCUGAAUACGAAAUUGUCCUUCUUGAUGAUGCGAAUAAAGACGAAGAACCAACUGUAGAGAAUAACUUCGUGGAGGAUGCAGCAGAUAUUGAUGCGAGAAAUGAUGCGGUCAGACGAGAGCAAGAAAUAGCAGAGUUCAAGCGACAAUCGCAGGCAGUCCAGAGAGAUCUACCAAGACCGUCCGAUGUCAAUACCACAGUUCUUCGUCCUGAGGAUAUGUAUCCAGAUUUGAACGCCUACCAAAUAGCUGAAGAGAUGAUAAAAGAAGAGAUGCUGAAAAUGGUGCGGAAUGAUGUCGUCGUGCACCCCAAUAGUAUCCAGCAGAGCCUUCUGAAUUCAAAGAAAACCAGGGGGCAAGCACAGAGCAUCAUUAACAUGAACCGUAAUGCUUUGAAAUCUGACCCAUUGGAAAAGUUUACGGAUGAAGAAAUCGGGAAUGCAAAGAAUCUUUUGCAAGAGGAAAUUGAAGCAGUGAAAAAGAUCAUGAGUCAUGGUGAUAUCAGCCUGGAUGUUUAUACAAAAGUGUGGGAAGAAUGUUAUGGACAGCUACUUUUGUUGCCAUCGCAACAAAGAUAUACAAGAGCUGCUUUAGCAAGCAGAAAAGAAAGGCUGGAAUCCGUGGAAAAACGACUUGAUAUAUUUCGUGGGCAUAUGACGGAAGAUGCGAAAAAGGCAGCAAAAAUUGAAAAGAAGCUAAAAGUUCUCCUUGGUGGAUACCAGACUCGAGCAGUUGGCCUAACCAAAAAGCUGAGUGACAUCUCAGAACAGGUACAGCAAACGCACGUGGAAGCAGAAACUUUCAAUAUGCUCAAAGGUCAAGAAACAAAUUCAAUACCACGAAGAAUUGAGGCAAUCAAAGAAGACGUUGAGCGACAGACUGAGCGUGAGAAAGCAUUGCAAGCAAAAUUUGCUGAUUUGAGCUUCGAGAAGGAGAGGUUGCUUGAAGAACUUCGUAUACAAAAUGGACGUAAUUGAAUGUUUUAACGCGUUUCAAGAAAGCUUGCAGUUUUGUAGCUUAACUAGCCGCCUAGAUAUCUUUGAAGUCUCAACCUAUGCGGAAGAUUAUAUUACUUUGCCUCAAUUAGAAAAUUAUAUGACAUUGAAUCUACGAGACCGCUUUCAGCAGCUAUGUAAAGAGAUAGCUGAGUCGAAAGUUUGGAGAAACUUUUAUUCAAGUUUUGUCAUUUCUCUCUAUCAAUCUGUUUUCUUUGUGGAAACAAAUUUUCGAUAAAAAAGUUUUAAGUUAAAGUGGGUUGAAGCAGUCAUUUGAAUACCAACAUAGUACCACUGUAGAUUGUGAUGUCGUUAUGACUCAAUUUCUUUUCAUUUGCAGUUGUAGGCCCUAGAGGCUAGGGUGCUUUCAUUUACAACGACCAAAAAAAGUCCCUAAUUUACCAUUCAGUGACGUGAUUUCAAUUUAUCUAAAUUUCGUUAAGAACAAUCAGUCACCUCAUGUCACUCCUAACUGACCAACAAAAUUCAAAAUUUCUGUCAGUGACGCCACUUUGGCGGAAAAUAGUAAGAGCAAUGUAAUCCAGCUUUUUGCUAAGGCCAGUUAUCUAGCUCCUAGUGUGGCGAUACACAUUUACAUUGCAAAAAAACUACAUAAUCUUAUGACGUAGGUACAAGAUACUAUAAGUAUCUGUUUUGAUUUGCUUUCAUUGAAUUAAAGAAAAUAUGCUACCCUUGUUGUCUUUCCCUGCAAGCUGUCGUGCGUCAGAAAGCUGUCAGAAAGCUGUCAGAUAGGGCUGGGGAGGUUUCGUCCCCUAAAGAAGUUUCAGGUGGGAGUACGAGCUUUCGAAUGGCCUGUGCCUGGAAUUAGCAGUUAAAUGUAAGCGCAUCAUAGUUUGGAAUUAGAUGUAUUAUGUGAUAUCUUUGAUAAUAAUCUUUCGUAUUUUACUGUAAACAUACUAAGCACCUUUGUGAAUAGUGGAUGGUCUACAGAGUUUGCAACCCAGG